AUGCCCGCAUCGGAGCGGACUGUGCUGUCUGCAGCGGAGUGCCGGGUCCCCAAGAAAUCGGCAGCUGCAACAGGGACGGCACUUUCUCCUGCAAACCUGCGCAGAACACCCCCUCUUCCUGAGCAACACCUCCUUCCGCCUGCCGACGCGGAAGAAGGCGACAUGGAUGCACCCCAGAUCGCGGCGCUGGCAGCCGCUAGACUACGUUCUCGUUUGGCGGAGAGAUCGACAAGAUAUGUUGGUGACCACGGCUAUCUGCGAUGUCUACUGCUAGACGGAACCAUCUUGUCAUCUCCAACAUGAGGUUCAGACUGAAAUCCCGCAGGAGGCGCCAAGCCAAACGACACCGGAUAAGUUAAGUACUGCUUAGUUGAAUUUACCUGCUCACUGCUUACAUUUCACCAAUCAGUUAGCCCAGCAAUUAAAAAACUGCCGGUCUCGGACGACAGCGUCACCGUAGAAACUCGGUGGUGUCAACUGCGGAAUGCCAAUCACUCGAUUGCUUUGGAUUUUCUCGAACGCGCACGUCGUCAGCACCAGGACUGCUUUGACAAUUAUGGCGCAGACAUCAGCCAACUGCUCGCUGAAAACCGCGGGGUGCAAAAGGCCUACAUGAACCAUCAAAUGGAGGCCAACAAAGACCUUCUUCUGUUAUCGCCGCGUUGGGCAGCAGCGACUGAGAGAGAUGCGGGGCGUCUGGAUUACCCACAGGGUCGAGGAAAUUCAGGGAUAUGCCGGACGCAAUGAAACCAAAAACUUCUUUGCAUUCUUCAAGGUGGUCUGCGGUCUAGAUCCCCCAACUAAAGGAACUGCGGCGCUUCUCAAGUUGAGUAGAACAGCGCUUCUGGUGGAGAAAUCACAAAUUCUGAAACACUGUACUGAGCACUUCAAAGUGUCCACAACCCUCCAUCAUAAUCUCUGAUGCUGUCAUCGACCGGCUCCCUAGUGAAAACAAGCAACUUGGAUCUGUCGCCUUCUCUCCCAGAAACAAUCCGAGCAUGCACCAAAUAUCCAGCGGAAAAGCACCGGGAUCCGGGGUGAUUCCGGCCGGAUUCUGCAAGCACGGCGACACCCUCUGAUGGAUCAAUCCACAACGCUAUACCAGGAGAUACGGCACCGAGUACAAGUUCCUCAGGCCUUCAAAGAUGCGACAGUGAACCAUCUCUAUAAACGGAAGGGGAACCGGCAACUGCGCAGUAGCCACAGAGAAUCUCGCUGCUCCAAACGGCCGGGGAGAUCUUCGCAUGCAUCCUUCUCAACCGUCUCAAUGACCAUCCCGUACGAGCACUUCUACCAGAAAACCAGUGUGGCAUUCGACAACACCACAGAACCACCGACACGAUAUCCGCCGCACGCCAACUGCAAAAGCAGUGCUAAGAAAUGCGGAUCCACAUCUACACUUUGUGGAUCUGACGGAAGUCUUCGACGUAGCGAGUUGUAAUUGACUAUGGAAAAUCAUGCAGAAAUUCAUUUGUCCCGACCGAUUCACACGUAUGGUAAGUCAGCUCUACGAGGGGAUGAUGGCGUGCGUCACGGACAGCAGAACCGUUUAGAAGCAUUCCCUGUGACCGGCGGAGUGAAACAGAGCUGUAUACUUGCCCCCGACUCUCUUCAACCUCAUGUUUCAUUCCAAGCUGAUGGACUCCUACCGUGAUGAGCUUCCCGAGACCUGCAUUCCCUACAGAACUGACGACAUCUUCUCAACUGCCGACCCAUGCAGGCCUCAACACGUCCUCCCUCGACCACUAUCCAUGACCUGCUCUUCGCUGACGACUGCGUACUUAACACUGCAGCGGGGUCUGGACCCCUUUGGAUCCGACUGCGCCAACUUCAGGCUGACCAUCAACACGAACAAAACAGUGAUCAUGCAUCCACCGCCUCCCAACGUUGCAUAA